GAGUCGUGUAACCUCCCCGACUGUCGUGGCAUCGCGCCGAUGGUCAUCUACUUCUGGCUCCAGGUCUCAAAUGCUUGCCGACCCUCCGCAGCAGACAGUAGACAGCCUGUUGCCGGACUCGCUACGGCUCUAUCGCAGCUCCCGGGUGUCGCGCGUAGCUGGCACGGAAAGUAUACCUCCUGAUGGAACUACGUCUCCCGGCCGCGAGGACUUCUUCGCCCGCCGUACUCCCGAAGCCUCGGUCGCAAGAACAUUAUCCUCCACUCAGCAGCUCUCCCUUGCGCGCCGCCCACCAUACCGGGGUGCAAGUUCAAGGUCAAGCAAUCUGAUGAGACAACUGCGCAGCGAGACGAAUGACGCCAACGCCCGCAGUCACCGGCUGCCAGAUGCUGGGCUAUUCAGGAAGAUGUGUUCCACAGAUGUCCUAUUUUUGAUCGACUCAACUGGCUCGAUGGGUCCAUACAUCAGUGCUGUCCGAGACCAGGUCAAAAGCAUUGUUGCGGACAUCAAGCGAACUUUCCUAGGCCUUUAUGCUGCAGGCGGUGGCGAUUGCCCAGAAAAUGUGCUAGGAGGCCUCGAUCGCGCACUGCAGCAGUCAUGGUCCCAUCAGACACGUUGCCUUGUUCAUAUCGCCGAUGCUCCGCCACACGGCCGCUCCUUGAAUGACCUACUUCCUACGCAAGAUGACUACCACAUUGACGGCAGCGAGCCACAUGGUUUGGAGCACGAAACGCUGAUCAGGAAUGCCAUCGAGCUCAACAUCAAUUACGCUUUGCUCCGCAUAAAUGGGGGUGAACAUGGGACCGAUCGCAUGGCGCUUGCGUUCUCGCACUUGUACGGAGUGAAGAACGCGUCAUUACUGCCGUCCAAUCUCUACUUUCACGAGGUCCGCCCUGCCACGCUGCCACGAAUCAGGCAUGCCGGUCUCCUGACCGAACCACAGUUCGAGGAGCUAGCUCUUGGUACGACGUACAGCGAACUUCGGCAUCUUGUUUGCAGGACAGUGACCAGUUCUUUCGCUCGUACAGCUAGUCGCCUGACGAUUGCUCGUCAUGGUGCUGCCGCUUCCAAGUACGCAGGUAAAAGCUCCGAUUCCAUCAAGAUCUCUCUGGAGCACAUCCCGCCGCGGUGGAAUGAUCUUAUGUGGUUCGAGGACGUCUUCGACACCGAGGGCUUCUGUCCGGCAGGUGUACACGAACCCAGCACCCUCAACGAGAUGAUGCAAUCUGAUACAAACAUACCAGUCAGCACUGCAGAAUUCGUUGUUCGUGCACGAUCCAAGCCUUUUGCUCACGGUGCUAUGCGUGCUGCAUCAUACGCGCGCACUGCCGCUUCUCAUAGCCCCUUUGUACUCAAGACUUAUCUCAAACCCGGUAACUGGCGGCCGCAAAUGGUCGAAGACAUGAAGAUACAGACAUUGGCGAAAGCGUUCGCCCUCGAGUUUAACGGACUGCUCAAUAUCGACCCGCCGCUUGAUUUUGUCGUUACCUCAUGCUUACAGAGCAAGGCAAUCGAUACUUCGAGAAAGCCCGGAUCAUCGAUAUCUUCGGAACCCUACAUCACUGGCACCUAUGUGAAAUACAAUAACAACACCAUGUGGGUGAACCCGGAGUCUGGCGAUGAAUUUAACCAGUUGGUUCAGACCUUCUCCCAUUUUACUUUUAAGCGCUCGUACGGCCACCUUCUCGUAAAUGACCUACAGGGAGAUGCCGUGAGUCGUACACUGACAGAUCCAGCUAUCCAAACUCUGGACCCACAAAGGUUCAAAUUGAGCGACACCAACCUCGGCGAAUCCAGCCUGAAGCUCUUCUUCGUAUCCCAUGAGUGCACCAGGUUCUGCAACGAGCUAUGCCUCAUCAGCAGUAAAGAAAUGUUCUCACCUGGUGCUACGAAGAGAUUCAGAGAGAGCUGGCCCAUUCCAAAACCCACUGUGUUCUGCUCAAACAAACUGUGUCGAAAGAUUAUGCGUCAUAACAAGGCCAGAGAGUCUCCCGAAUAUCAAGGAUAUCAGUGGUGCAGCACUUGCUGGCCACAGCUGGAAUUGUACAAGAAACAGUUGGUAUGUGAGGCACCGGGCGAGGAUCACGAAUUUGAGGUAUCGGAGUUCUUCCACCAGUCGCAAGGCGAGUCCACUCCUCGUGAGUGCGAGCGCCAUCGACCCAUGAAUACCGCGUCUUCCAGAGCUGCUGCAGUCGGAGGGAGCAUGUUUAGCAGGAUGAAGUCGAAGAAAUCUAGAGAGUCACUUGCAGGCUCUAUUUCGGGUAAAAUGUGGUGA